UGGUAGCGCUUCCAUCGGAUAAUGUCGAGUCGUGGAUCCAUCAACUAUCAACACUAUCAACGAGGAUAAAUAAGGAUGCGGCGCCGUCUAGGAGAUUAAGGUUAGGUUUAAAUGUCGUACGCUCCCUAUUAGAGGAUUUCGCUCGUUCAAAAUGUUUAUCAAGCCGUUCAAAGUCAAGACCAAUUACCAAUUGAAGGGAUCUGAGAGGAAAAAAUUAUGCGAGGAAGUAUUGGCGGCAUAUCCGAGCUUGUCGGAUGAAGAAAUUCAAUUAUUGUUGCCCAAAAAGGAAUCCAUCAGCAUUAUGAAAAUACUAACGCACAAUGGACACAUAGGCAAGGUGUACUGCGUAGCCAAAAUACCCAUGUUCUUUCAACUAGAUUCAUACGACACUCUGUUGUUUCCUACAAUUUAUACGUUAUGGCAUCAUCCAUAUUUAUUGAACGCCUUCACUACGCACACACCAGUUGUGUCUAAAUUGGUAGGCGGAGCAGAUCUCAUGUUACCUGGAUUGAUUUUGAAGGAGCCAGUGACCUUAUAUAGUUUUGGUAAACUACCAAAGGGAACUCCAGUGUUGAUUAACACAGAGGAGAACAAGGCUGCAGUCGCUGUUGGUAUCACUGCACUUUCCAGUGAGGAUAUGUAUAUGGCAGCUAGACAUGGGAAAUGCGUGGAAGUUUUUCAUGUUAUGGGUGACAUGCUGUGUCAAUUAAGCAAACCGCCCAUGAGACCUGAUUUGGGUUCACCAAACGUUGACAGUCCUACAAAUGCAUUGGAAGAUAUUGAAUCGAUGAAUCAAGAGGCGAUCAUAGAUGAAACGGAAGUUUUGCCAGAGAAAUUAGAUGAGUUAGAUAUCGGCGAGAAUUCAAACGACGUAGUCAGAGACGAAGUUAUUUCUGAGGAACAUAUAGAAGAUGUAGAAACUGAAGAUGUACAAAUUUCAAACGUAAUUGAAUCGGAAGUACUUGAUCCAGUCCAAGAAAUGGAUGAGCUACUGGAAUAUUGUUUCUUGAAAGCAUGUAAAACGACGGUAAAAUCUAGCGAUUUGCCAAUGUUGUCAUCCAACUUCUUCAAAAAUCAUCUGUUGGCCGCAUGUCCACCAGGUAAAAACGUUGAUGUGAAAAAAUCUCGAUACAAAAAGCUAUCGGUUUUCCUAGCAGAAAUGAAAGCCAAAGGAAUAAUCAAUACAUCCAUCACAAAAGGUGUCGAAACGUUGUUGUCUAUUAAGUUUGAUCAUCCACUUGUGAAAAAAUUAGUCGUUACCGAAGAACCAAUUGCAGCUGAACCAGUAGUUUCGAACAGCGCUGUCGUGUCUGAAUGUUAUCGAGUGACCGCCGACGUCCUGCCGAUUCUAUCAAAAUUUGGCUAUGAAAAGGGUGACGUAAUGAAAAGAACGGACAUCAGAAAGUGUUUUACUGAAUACGUGAAGGCGGAAGAUCUGCAAGACGGAAAGACGUUAAAGCUGAAUCCUCAAUUAGCGGGAAUUAUGCGUACUAAGGCUCAUCAGGAGACGGUGACGAUGGAGGAUGGGAUAAAUAAGUUUAUCGGACGCAUGACACACAUGCAUGAAGUUACCCUCGCGGGAAAUACUUUGCUGCACACGGGAAAAUUAGAGCCCAUCGACAUGAGGGUGACAGUGAGAUCAGGCGGAAAAAAGGUUACAUUGGUAAAUAACCUGGAAACGUUUGGGAUCAAUCCGAAGGAAUUCAGCAAAGAGUGCCAAAGUAUUGGUGCGAGCGCGACAAUCACUGACGAUCCUGGCAAGAAGACACCUAGUGUUCUUGUUCAAGGAAAUCAAAUUUUAUACGUGUACAAAUUACUCACAGAGAAAUACCAGAUUAAAAAGAAUUAUAUAAGGGGCUUAGAAUUCGCCCCGAAAAAGAAAAAAUAGAUCUUUGUAAAAAAAAAAAAUUGAUGUUUAGUGAUUGUGAAACCAUUCUCUGUGGUUUUAACUUUUUCUCGAGAUUAUCACAAAUGAUUCCACCUAUCGACGAUUGCAAUUUUGACGGAACAGUUUUAAUCGAAAACCGAGGUAUGCUGCCAUUUUAAUUAUUAUGAAAUAUGUUUUCUAAUAGACUAAGACAAUUGGAAAAUUAAUAUUUAACUCUUACUAGAAAAAAAAAUGCGUUACGAGUAACUGUCAAAUAAAAGCAACCUAGGAAUGUACAACACAUGAAUUCUGAUUAUUAUUAUAUUUAUCCGAUCCCUCCGUAUAAUUUCUUAUUAUAUAUAAAGCAUGUAUAACAGCUAAAGAAAAGACAAAAAAAAUUUCUUUAGGCGCAAUGAAUAGGUAAUAUUCAUGCGAGAGAUGACAGCCGAUCGAAGUUUGUUAAUAUAAUUUAUUAUAUAUCGAGGUUUCAACAUGGAAAAGUACAAAUAUUGCAAUAUGGGGAGGGCCCGCGAGCUCUCCUCGGGUGGGUGGGAGGGAGGGAGGGAGGUAAGCAGGAAGGAAGAAAGGAAGGAAGGAUGGGGUUUUCGAUUGCACAGAAAGGUAGGAGGUACGACGCACGUAAAGGGGAUGUCUCUUGCAGGACACAGGAUGCUGCGUUCGGAUGAAAACCGAGAGCGAACCGCGUAUACGUGUAUAAUGUAUAUGUAUAUGUAUAUAAUCAUAUUUUUCACAUAUAUAUAUAAUAUAUAUUUAUAUAUCUUUAUAUCGCGCGCACGUUUUACUUCUGUCUUAAAUUUAUCUCUCUUUUUUUUUCUUUUCGAGACGACGGGAUACCGACGGACGUCGCGGAAAGCGGUGGAGGACGCCCGUCGGUGGUUUCUUUUCCUUUUUUUUCUUUUUUUGCACGGAUAAAAGGAAGGUUCCCUCCUCUCCACGGCCCCCGCAUAUAUUUAAUACUCGUUUUGUUCUUCAUUUUUUUUCUCUUUUUUUUUUCUUUUGUUCUACUAUACCUGCACGCACGGGCGCGUCACAGAAAACCUCACGACGCGCGCGCGCGCGUAUUUCAUGACAGUAAUUACGCUUUUUUCUUCGUUCUCUCCCUCUUUCUUUCACUACUCUCUUACUAUCAUAACCAUCCGAUUAACUUGCUGGUGUUAUCGUUACUUUGCGUUUUCCCUAAUCAUCUCGCAGACAUACGAUCGAUCGAGACAUAGCGAUCUGUCCCACAAUUUUUUUUUUAUCGAACAUACUUUGAUCCUCGUAGAUAGAUCCUGAUAGAUCGUCCUCGCGCACUACAGAUCGCGACAGAGAAAACUUGAUACGAAUUAAGAGAAACACGAUCAGUUUUCACGAAUUGUCAAUAUUAAUAUUCUUGCGACUCUGUACCUACGAUUUAUUAUAAUUACUUCAUUUUUUUUCCCGUCGUUCUCAAAUCGUCAAUUCCUACGACAAUGUGACGCAAUCUCUUCAAUUCGUACCACCAGGAUCUAACCAAUUAAAUCAAUUGCUAAGGACCUGGGCAGAAUAAUAAUCGUAAUCGUAAAUCCAACGCAUAAAAAAUUGACGUUAAUCGUCGAUCGUACCAUACGAAACAACUGACAUUUGCGUUAAUCGUUUGUGCGUUUAACUUACGACUGCGACUACGAUUCUAUUACGGCCAUCCUUCUGCUCAGGCCCUACGGCAUCGAUACGAUCGACGUCAAUCGUUUGUGCGUUGAACUUACGACUACGACUAUGACUCUAUUACGGCCAUCUUUCUGUGCUCAGGCCCUGAUUCUCCACUUCGUUCCCAAAGGAUCUGAUUAUUAGAUCAAUUACACUUUACUACCUGUCGUUAGCCGUCAUUAGUCGCUUCGGUGCUUCGAUAAUAAUCGCCUAAAAGUCUAAAACUCAUGCGCAUCUAAAGCUUUUGCCGCGUUGUAUCGGAUUAUAAUCAUCAGUCUUCUUUCGUCAAAACACCGAGCGACUUGAACCAGCCAACUGCUCUCUUCCGCGCGAUUCUUAUUCCGAUCAGCAAGAUUCGGAUACAAGAAAUCGCGACGGAAAGCUUCCCCCCCCCCUCUCCCUUCAUCUCUGUAUCACAAAUCCGAUCGCUACGGCUCGAUCAUCGUCGAUUUGUCAACGAUCUACGUCCGCGAAGAAAAUCCUCGCACUCGCCCUUUUUCUCCCUCAUGCACUUCUCCACGUUUUCUCACUCUUUCUCUUUCUCUCUUUUUUUUUUUCUUUUAAUUUCAUACCGCAUCUUCGCACUGGAGCAUAUGAA